AUCCCGCUAUUUUUGUCUGCAGCUCCCUGAACGCGAAUUCUGGCACGAAACAGUGAUGUUCAUUUGAACGCCGUUAAAACAUCUGUUUCUUGAAUAAUAUUAAGAGGGCAGGUUUAGGGUUUACCAUCGGUUGGCAUCAGAGGAUACACCUACUUUGUGACCACAACAUUUUUGCAAAGAUUUAAUGCUGUAGUUGAUCAACGACGAGCUUGUGAUGGCUCUAAGAGCUCUCAUUUGCAUAAUUCCUAAGCAGAAUAAAUUGCACUCCUUACGAACUGCGCACCUUUAUCAUCUGGAACCAACAAGAUUCGAACUCUGGACACACUCUUCCAAAUAUACAAGCGACCAAUUGCAAGAACAAGGAGGAAAAAAAACAUGGAAGGCGAUUGAAUCUUCAAUUCUGCAAGAAAUUCGGCCAAUCAAAGGCCUUAUCAGGAAGAUACUGCAUACCCCGAAGUAUAAAGAUGGUGAACUAUUGAGUUUAGAAGAUGAGAAAGAAAUAAUUGAAAAGGUUCUUCCUUAUCAUCCACAUGCACAAGUUAAAGCAGGUUGUGGUGUUGACUCUAUCAUGGUUGGACAGCACCCACAAUUUGGGUCCACCCGUUGCUUGUUUAUUAUACGGAAGAAUGGACAACGUGAAGACUUUUCUUAUAAAAAAUGUUUGAUUGGACUUAUCCGGAAGAAAUACCCCUCCUCUGCUGCAAAGUUCAUAGACAGACAUUUUAAACAAAGUAAUUAACAAGGCCUUAUUGGUGUAGCAUUUUAAAUAUGAGAAUUUAGAGUAAACUUAAAUGAACAUUGAACACUGAUUUUUAGUGUGA